AUGGAUACAUUGACUUUUACAGCUCCUGAGAGGAAGUCCAUGGAUGUUAGGGCAAUGGAGAAAAGGGAGAAUUCUAAGACCGAGAGGGGAUCUAAAGUCCUCAAGAAGAAGCCAGCAAUAUCUGUUACAGCAUCUAUGGAAGAAGAUGUUGAAUCUUAUGCAUCAGGAUCGGAUAACGGAGCAAGAAACAUUCUACAUGGCCAUUCCAGCAGACGAUACAGAGAGAAAACGUCAAGAUCCGAGGCUACAGAGACUGCUGCUGCAGCUUCGGAUGUUUCCACGACUCCAAUGAGUUUUCCUCCGCUGCGGUCAAUAAAGAGAAAGACUUGUGAUGAGAUGGAGCACGGAGAAAAGCGUGGAAGAUACAGCGACUCUAGUUACAGCAAGCCUUCCCCAUCACCCAUGUUAGCUGCAGCCUCCCCAUGGCUGGCUACAACAAUGUCUUCUGCUGUUCCAAUCCGGGCUUCUAGUUCCUCUAUCAGAUCCAAUAAACUUGUACACUCUAGGGAAGGUGAUCUGACAAAGGAGAGACAGGAAGGAGCUGAAGAAGAUAACAAUGAGAUCACAGAAGAAAUGCGUUUGGAAAUGGAAUAUCACUCGGACCUUGCAUGGUACGAUACCGAGGAAGGGAACUCACUGUUUGAUGCAGAUACUGCGUCCUUUCUCCUUGGAGAUGAUGCUGCUUCUCUACAGAAGAAGGAAGCUGAGAUGGCGAAAAGACUGGUUAGAAGCAAAAUGUCAGCCGCUCAGAGUAAAAAACACUCUCAGCUUAAUGCAGACAAUGCUCAGUGGGAAGACCACAUGGCUAUAAUCGCACUGAAAGGAUCGGGUCUUGUCAGAGAAGUUCGGGAGAAACAAAGCAUGCGUAAAUCAAAACAGCGGUUCUGGGAGCUUGCUGGUUCUAACCUUGGUAACAUCCUUGGUGUUGCAAAAUCAGGCGAGCAGAUUGACGCCGAUAAUGCUGCAGUUGGUGGAGAAGGUGAAGUAGACUUUAAAGGAGAGGCUAAAUUCGCACAACAUAUGAAGAAGGGAGAAGCUGUGAGUGAAUUUGCCAUGUCAAAGACCAUGGCUGAGCAACGACAGUACCUCCCAAUAUUUUCAGUUCGAGAUGAGUUACUGCAGGUAGUAAGAGAGAACCAGGUGAUAGUGGUGGUUGGCGAAACUGGUUGCACACAACCAAGGCGUGUAGCAGCCAUGAGUGUUGCAAAGAGAGUUAGUGAAGAGAUGGAAACAGAGCUGGGAGAUAAAGUUGGGUACGCCAUUCGUUUCGAAGACGUGACUGGUCUAAACACUGUGAUCAAGUACAUGACCGAUGGAGUGCUGCUGAGAGAGACGCUCAAAGAUUCCGACCUGGAUAAGUAUCGUGUGGUGGUGAUGGAUGAAGCGCAUGAAAGGUCACUCAACACAGACGUCCUUUUCGGAAUACUGAAGAAAGUUGUGGCUCGGCGUCGUGACUUCAAACUGAUAGUCACAUCAGCGACACUCAACGCUCAAAAGUUUUCCAGUUUCUUUGGGGGUGUUCCUAUAUUCAACAUCCCUGGAAGGACUUUCCCUGUCGAUAUCCUCUACUCUAAAACUCCUUGUGAAGACUAUGUUGAGGCUGCUGUUAAACAGGCGAUGAAGAUUCACAUAGCGAGCCCACCUGGGGACAUUCUCAUAUUUAUGACAGGGCAAGAUGAGAUUGAAGCAGCAUGCUUUUCACUCAAAAAGAGAAUGGAGCAGCUUGUUGCAUCCUCCAGCAGAGAAGUCACGAAGCUUCUGAUUCUCCCAAUAUACUCUCAGUUACCAGCUGACUUGCAGGCAAAAAUAUUCCAGAAAGCAGAAGAUGGAGCCCGUAAAUGCAUUGUUGCCACCAACAUCGCUGAAACAUCAUUGACGGUCGAUGGAAUAUAUUAUGUGAUUGACUCGGGGUAUGGAAAGAUGAAGGUUUUCAACCCUAGAAUGGUUAUGGAUGCUCUUCAGGUUUUCCCCAUAAGCCGUGCUGCCUCUGAUCAGCGUGCAGGAAGAGCUGGAAGAACAGGGCCUGGAACGUGUUACAGGCUGUAUACAGAGAGUGCUUAUCUGAAUGAGAUGCUGCCGAGUCCCGUGCCGGAGAUUCAACGAACGAAUCUAGGUAACGUUGUCUUGUUGCUGAAGUCAUUGAAGAUAGAUAAGUUGCUAGAUUUUGAUUUUAUGGAUCCACCUCCACGGGAGAACAUCCUUAACUCCAUGUACCAGCUUUGGGUAUUGGGUGCUCUUAGCAACGUUGGAGGCUUAACGGAUCUUGGGUGGAAGAUGGUGGAGUUCCCGUUGGAUCCACCUCUUGCAAAGAUGCUAUUGAUGGGUGAACGGCUUGGUUGCAUAAACGAGGUCUUGACGAUUGUGUCAAUGCUUUCGGUACCUUCAGUGUUCUUCAGGCCUAAGGAGAGAGCAGAAGAGAGCGACGCAGCAAGGGAGAAGUUUCUUGUGCCGGAGUCGGAUCAUCUAACACUGCUGAAUGUGUAUCAGCAGUGGAAAGAGCAUGACUAUAGAGGAGACUGGUGCAACGACCAUUACCUGCAAGUCAAAGGUCUGAGAAAAGCUAGACAAGUGAGAUCCCAGCUUCUGGAUAUCCUCAAGCAACUCAAGAUACCACUCAAGUCGUGUGGACCAGACUGGGAUAUUGUGAGAAAAGCCAUAUGUUCAGCGUAUUUACAUAACUCGGCAAGAUUAAAAGGUGUUGGGGGGUAUGUGAACUGUAGAACCAGGAUGCCUUGUCAUUUGCUCCCGAGCAGUGCACUGUAUGGUUUGGGAUACACACCGGACUAUGUGGUGUACCAUGAACUGGUCUUGACCACUAAGGAGUACAUGCAGUGUGCUACAUCGGUUGAGCCGCAUUGGCUAGCUGAGUUAGGGCCUAUGUUAUUCUCGGUGAAGGACUCAGAUACAUCAGUGUUGGAGCAUCAAAAGAAGGACAAGGAAGAGAAAACAGCAAUGGAGGAAGAGAUGGAGAAGCUGAGAAGAGAUCAGGCGGAGUUAGAGGUGAGAAGCAGAGAGAGAGAGAAGAAGAAAAGGGCAAAGCAGCAACAACAGGUUUCAGGUCCUGGCAUGAAGAAAAGCACCACUACUUACCUCAGGCCUAGAAAGUUUGGACUGCGAACAUUGUGCAAAUAG